UAUGUUGGACAAAUUUUUAAUAAACAUGGUAUGUCUAUGGAUAGGGAUAGGGUAGAAUCUCUAGUAAAUUUAAAAGAACCCACUAAUAAAGAUGAGUUGCGGCAAAUUUUAGGAUCAUUUAAUUAUGUUCGUAGAUAUGUUCCUGAGAUGGCCAGUCUGAUGUCACCUUUAUGCAAAUUAUUGAAAAAGGAUUGUGAAUUCAUAUGGUUACCUAAUCACAAGAAAGCUUUUGAAGAACUUAAGUUAAAAGUAAAUUUAUACAUUUUGCAGAUAUGUUAUCUAGAAAUAAUUUAAGUGUUACUGAACAUGAUAAAGAAAUGUUGCAAAUUGUGCACUCUGUGUCCAUACACUUGCCCAUGUCGCCUGAAAGAAAAUUAUUGUUUAGAAAAGAAACUAAUAAUGAUGAAACACUUUCAUUACUAUGUAAAUAUUAUCAUGAGGGAUGGCCAGAGGAAAACAAAGUUCCUGCUGAUUGUCAACCAUACUAUAAAUUGAGGAAUAGCAUAUACUUUCAAUCAGGGUUUGCGUUUCUUGAGGACAAAAUCAUUGUACCUAAAAAUCUCAGAUCUGAUGUAGUAAAAUUAAUACAUGAAGGCCAUAUUGGUAUUGGAAAAUGCUUGAACAGGAGUAGGAAACUGUUUUAUUGGCCAAAAAUGUCCCAAGAAAUAUAUCAAUAUGUUAUGCAAUGUCACACAUGUGAAAAGUUUAGAUCUAGAAAUUGUCAUGAACCAUUGUUACCACACAAAAUACCUAAAUUAAGAUUUAGUAAAAUAGGUGCUGAUAUAUUGGAAUUUGCUAAGAAACCUUAUCUUGUUGUUGUCGACUAUUUUUCACACUGGCUUGAACUUAUUCCUUUGCCUGACAAGUCAGCAAAAUCUGUAAUAUCAGGAUUCAUUGAAAUUUUUUCUCGAUUUGGUUUUCCUGUUGAAAUUGUGUCUGACAAUAAUCCGUUUAACUCAAAAGAAUGUUUAGAUUAUUUUAAAAGUAAGGACAUAUGUUUAACUACAAGUAGUCCUCAUUAUCCUAGAAGCAAUGGUAUGGCUGAAAAAGCAGUAGACAUUAGCAAGAAUAUCUUAAAGAAAGCUGCAGAGGAUAGUGUGGACUAUAGAGAAUAUGUAAUGUCAUAUAACAAUGCACCUUUGGCUGGAAUGGUAGUAUCUCCAUCACAAAUAUUAAAUAGUCGAACCAUGAGAACACUUGUACCAAUUACUGAAAAAGCAUUGGAGCCUGUUGUUAUUAAAAAUAUACACAAAUUGUUAAUCUUGAAGCAGUCUAUAAAUAAAUCUAAAUUUGAUAGGUCAGUCAGAAAAAAAGAGGUUAAAUUUAAUAUUGGUGAUGAAGUGGUAUAUCGUACAGGAAAGGAUGAAUAUUGGAAAAAGGGUAAAAUUGUAAAGAAAUGUAAAGAGCCUAGGUCAUACUGGGUGGAAAGAGAUGGGAGCUUUCCAAUCCGUAGAACUACAAAUCAUUUAAAAAAAUCUUUUUCAAACACUAAGCAAUUUAAGACAAGUUAUUAUAAUGAUGAUUCCAGGGCUACAGAAGACAAUACUACACUGAAUUCUGAUCCAAUGAUUUCAUCCCCUGCUCGGGUAUCUCCACCAAGAGAUGUUGUCUAUGAUAAUAAUUAUUGUACUAGAAGUGGCAGGGUAGUAAAACCACCUAACCGAUUAGAUUUGUAAUUUCGGGGGGAAGGUGUUUUAUUUAUGGUUUCGGAACUGAAUGUCAAUGUCAUCUGUCAUUCAUGUUUGAUUUUUUUACAAUAAAAAUGUGUUGUUAAUUUCUGAGAGUUUUCAAUAUU